AUGAGGUCCGCUAUCAUCCUCUCUCUUGCGGGCUCUUCGCUCGCUCUGCCUUUUGGCAAUGCCAUUGAUGCCGCAUUGGGUACCAACCUUGAGGCUCGCCAGGGCCAGGGCUUCCCCAACUUCCCCAAGCCAGGUGGUGGUGCUUCAGGCGGUGGAUUCCCCAAGCCUGGUGGCAACUCCCCUGGAGGCUUUCCUGGUGGCAACUCCCCUGGAGGUAACUCCCCUGGAGGCUUUCCUGGUGGCAACUCCCCUGGAGGUAACUCCCCUGGAGGCUUUCCUGGUGGCAAUUCCCCUGGUGGUAACUCCCCUGGAGGCUUUCCUGGUGGCAAUUCCCCUGGUGGUGGAUUCCCCGGUGGUCAGGCUCCUGGCGCACCCCAGCCCACUGGAGGAUUCCCUGGUGGUAACUCUCCUGGGGGCUUCCCUCAGCCUGGUGGCGGUGCUCCUGGCGGCGGCUUCCCCGGCGGUCCUGGCGUACCUCAGCCAACUGGUGGCUUCCCUGGUGGUGGUCCUAUCGGAGGUGCACCUGGCUCACCUGAAGGCGGUGCUCCCACCAUCCCCAACCUCCCAGGCGCCCCCGGCUCGCCAGAAGGCGGUGCUCCCAGCCUCCCUGAGCCAUCUGGUGGAUUUUCUCUCCCAGGUGCACCUCCUUCCAGACGCCUAGCGAUCGACUACCAGCUCGCUCCCGGCGCACCACACAUCUACAAGCGUCAGGAUCUCCCAGAGUUCACCCCUCUUCCUGGCGGCCCCACCCCUCCUACCCCAACUGGAGGCCUCCCCAUCCCUGGUGUGCCAGCCCCAACUGGCGGCCCAUCCUUCCCUGCGCCAACUGGAGGCCUCCCAACACCCGGAAAGCCCCCCAAGCCCAACACGCCUGGUCUCCCCGGUAUGCCUCCCAACGACGAGGAGGGUGGUGAUGGUGGCAGCUGGUGGGAUUGGGUCAAGGACAAGUUCGGUAACAAGGGCGGAAACCAGGAGUAG